AUGGUGCAUCAAAUAGUCGUCGUCCUGUGUGCGGUGUUGGGGUUGGCCUCUCACCAGGCGUUCGCCCAGUGGUCGGGCAUGGGUCAAGGUCAAGGUCAAGGUCAAGGUCAAACCCAAAGUCGGUUUGGGGGAUGGGGCAUCGGUGCUUUGGGCAUGGGACAAGGAGGAGGAUGGGGACAGGCACAACCAGCUGGUUUAGGAAUGGGCGGCAUGUUCCAGCAAGAACCCAAUCAGUAUAAGACCUGCAUCGCCAAGAACUCGAAUGGGGACGAGAUGAGAGUCACCUUCAGCAGAAGCAACAACAACAACAACAACAACAACCCGUGGUUUGGAAACCGAUUUGGCAACGCCCUUCGUCUUACAGCUCGCAUCUCCUCCAACCAAGCGGCAACUCUCCAGGGUCAGUUCCAGUUGGUCGUCACUGAAUUCUCCCGCACUGAAGAGGUGUGUUCCAGCCGUGCUCUCGGCGACAUCCUGACCGACCGUUCCUGGUGGAGCCAGUCCCGUACUCCCCGCGGCAUCGUGGGCACCCCCGUCACCAUCUACCAGGGACAGACCGCCACCUCCUCCGAGACCGUGGAGAACCUGUCCUUCGAGGAGCUGACCGGUCGUGGUCUGGCUCUGUGUCCCUCUCACCAGAUCUCUGGGUCCACCUGCAUGGACGCCAUCCCUCUGUGCUGCAAGAUCGGCUUCGACAGUCAGCCUGCAACCACCCCAUUCACCAACCAGAACCAGCUCUUCGGCCAGGGACUUCUCGGCAUGCAGAACCCAGGUGGCAACAACGGCAAUGGCGGCGGUUUCGGACAAGGGAUGCCUGGCGGAAUGGGAGGUGGCUUCAAUGGAGGCCUAGGCGGUGGAAUGAACCCUGGUAUGGGCGGUGGUUUUAAUGGCGGCGGCUUCGGCGGACCUAUGCCCCAGGGCAUGAACCAGGGACUCCCUGCUGGCGGGCAGGGCAUGGGCCAAGGACUUCCUGCUGGCGGGCAGGGCAUGAACAACGGUCUGAACAACGCGGGUACUGGAAACAUGGGUGGCCUCACCUUCCAGAGCGUGUAA